AAAUACCAUGAACCUUCAAACCCUCACACCUACAGUUGCUACUGCAACCAGGCCUGGUGGCAUGGCAUGUGAGAGUCCUCAGAGGUUCCCUCUUUGGUCAAAAGUACAACUCCAGCCGGGUGGUGGUGGUGCAUGCCUUUAAUCCCAGCACUUGGAAGGCAGAAGAAAAGAAAAACUCUUGGCAAUUUUGAACUUUCCAGGAUUUUGUUAAUUUAAUGGUUGCUCUUAAUUUUAAGUCCCUGCCCCUAUUUUAGUGUGAGGAUUGGUGAAAUCAAUAAUCCCUAACACCUCUGCUACGUGGGGAAGAAAUGCAUCAUAAAGACACCAGGCUUGACCGCUGGGUUGACAAUGCCCGCGUGAAGGUCUCUACUUAGGAGACCUCAAGACUGGAGACCAGAAUAAGACAAACCUAGGAGAUUCUUCGAGAGAAUACCAGCUCCUCUCAGGCCCCUCACGACCUCGUGUGUGCUCCUGUCAGCCCCUGGACCGUCAGAUCGAGACAUGUCCUCAGUACUAAGUGGCUUAUCCCGUUCCCACUGAGGGAGCCUGAACAAUGCCGUGGCUGCAGCCUCAGGAAGCCAGUUCCUAGAAGUCACCAAACAAGAUUUUGACAUGAGGGGAUGUCGCUCAGUAAGAGUUCCCUUCUGGAUAAGAUAGGGAAUUCUUCAGAGAAAAAAAAAACAAAAACAAGAAACAAUAGAAGGAUGAGGGGUGCUGAGGUGGGGUUUUUCCCGCCUCUGAAGACAUCUAUCAGGACAACAGCACUGUUGACAGUGGAAAGCAGGCCUCUAUCUGGGGCCAAGGCCAGAGCGGUCGGCUCCUGUGCUGCCCCGUGAGGUCCCAGUCAGCGCUGAUACAGAGUCUCUCCCUAAGAGUCCAGAGGGAAUUUUCCCCUAAGUACUUGAAGAAAGAACAAAGGAAAAAUAGUGUUAAGGGGAUUUCUACUCUGUUCCUGGCGACUGGAUCAGAAAAGAUGCCCCUGUUCCUGCUGCUCACCUGCCUCUUCAGCACCGUGACCCCAGGGUGGCCCAGAGCCCUAGAUCCUUGUUCGGCUUACAUCAGCCUGAACGAGCCCUGGAGGAACACCGACCACCAGUUCGACGAGUCUCAAAGCCAGCCUCUCUGUGACAACCAUAUGGAUGGGGAAUGGUAUCGCUUCACCGGUAUGGCAGGAGAUGCCAUGCCCACCUUCUGCAUACCAGAAAACCACUGUGGGACCCAUGCACCCGUCUGGCUCAAUGGCAGUCACCCCCUAGAAAGUGACGGCAUCGUGCAACGCCAGGCCUGUGCCAGCUUCAAAGGGAACUGCUGCCUUUGGAACACCACGGUGGAGGUCAAGGCCUGCCCCGGAGGCUACUAUGUUUAUCGGCUGGCCAAGCCCACCGUCUGCUUCCACGUCUACUGUGGCCAUUUCUAUGACAUCUGUGAUGAGGUCUGCCAUGGCAGCUGCGAGGACGCCACCGAGUGUGCAUGCUCCCCAGGAACCUCGCUGGGCCCAGAUGGACAGACAUGCCUAGAUGACAACGAAUGCGAGCAGAAUAAUGGGGGCUGCAGUGAAAUCUGUGUGAACCUCAAAAACUCACACCGCUGCGCGUGCGGGGUCGGCCGCGUGCUGAGGAGCGACGGGAAAACUUGUGAAGACAUCGAAGGAUGCCACAAUAAUAAUGGCGGCUGCAGUCAUUCUUGCCUGGGCUCCGGGAAGGGCUAUCAGUGCGCAUGUCCCAGGGGCUUGGUGCUGUCUGAAGAUAACCACACUUGCCAAGUCCCCGUGUUGUGCAAGUCCAGCGCCAUCGAAGUGAGUGUCCCUAGGGAGCUGGUUGGCGGCCUGGAGCUCUUCCUGACCAACAACUCCUGCCGAGGAGUGUCCAAUGGCACCCACGUCAACAUUGUCUUCUCCCUCAAGACCUGCGGCACGGUGGUUGAUGUGGUGAAUGACAAAAUCGUGGCCAGCAACCUCGUGACGGGUCUGCCCAAGCAGACCCCUGGGAGCAGCGGGGACAUCAUCAUUCGGACCAGCGAACUGCUGAUCCCUGUGAUCUGCGAGUUCCCACGACUGUACACCAUCUCGGAAGGGUACGUGCCCAACCUGCGCAAUGCCCCUCUGGAAAUCAGGAGUCGAAACCACGGCAUCUUCCCCUUCACGCUGGAGAUCUUCAAGGACCACGAGUUCGAGGAGCCUUACCGGGAGACUCUGCCCACGCUCAAGCUUCGCGACUCGCUAUACUUUGGCAUUGAGCCCCUCGUGCACGUGAGCGGCCUGGAGAGCCUGGUGGAGAGCUGCUUUGCCACGCCCACUGCCAAAAUGGACGAGAUACUCAAGUACUACCUGAUCCAGGACGGCUGUGUUUCCGAUGACUCGGUGAAACAGUACUCCUCCCGGGACCACCUAGCAAAGCACUUUCAGGUCCCCGUCUUCAAGUUUGUGGGCAAAGAUCACAAGGAGGUAUUUCUUCACUGCCGCGUCCUUGUUUGUGGGGUUCUGGAUGAACGCUCCCGCUGUGCCCAGGGGUGCCACCGCCGAGUGCGUCGUGAGGUGGGGGAAGAUGAGGACUCCGCUGGGCUUCGGAGCCAGACACUGACUGGAGGUCCCAUCAGCAUCGACUGGGAGGACUAGCCCCCACUUCCAGCCACCCUCCUCUCUGGACCAUGUUCCUUUGUGCUCUGAGAACAUCAGAGACCCACCCAGCCCACCUGGCUUCCUUAAAUCAUAUACUGUGAGUUUAGACAACCCUCCCACCACAUGAAAGGAUUGACUAGCUGGUUUUGUCCCUAGAUUGGUAAGAUCACAGCACUGCUGACCCAUGUGGCCAAAUCAGUUUCUGAAUUUGAAGAACUAUGUUGUCUUUAUGGAAGGACUCCUCCCUUGUUUCCUCCAUUUCUUUCUUACAAUGAAAUACCUCAUUUAUGGUAUAAUAGGGCCACUAAAAUAAGGUGCUGGGAAUAACAUUCCAAUUUACAAACCUAAAGAAAUUAAUUACUAAAACUGUAAC